AUGGGUUACAAGGAUUAUAAAGGCUGGCAGUUCGAAACCGGUAUCGGAGAAAAGUUCUGGCCAUCUGCUCCGGUGAAGGGCAGUGGGAGGGACGCGGCGAGGGCUUGCGGCGACAUUACAGCCUCGAGUCUGACGUUUGCGCACACCAGCCUUGUUUUGGUGGCCCGUCAUUGCGUCCACAGGGAAUCAGGUCACGAAGCAGGGACGGGCGCACGUGCUCGCGGUGGGGACACGGCCCACGCGAAGCCCGAGUGCCUGACGCCUCCUCCCGCCGCGUCCAAGCGACUGGGCAGCGGUGGACGUGACGACGUGCUCUGGCCUCAGCACGUGCGGUUGAGAGCAGAGAGAGACGGACAGCAGCAGUCUCCUCCGGGCCGAAAGAAAGGCGUCUCCUUCCCGGACACCUCUGCGGAGGCGGGCUCCCCGCACUCCGCGGCCGAGGACGCCCCAGCAGCGCAGGCGUCCGGCUGCCCGGAGCUUCCCUCCGGCUCCGCGAGGCCCCGCCCCCGGCCGCCCGCGCGCCCCCAGCGUUCGCCCCGCCCCCUCGGCGACGUAGUGCGUGCCUCUUCCUUUUGCGACACAGCUGCCGGCCGGAGGUGGUCCAGCGGCGGGUCGCGUUGCGAGCUCGCGUGGGCAGCGGCGGGCCUCAGCUCGGGAGGAGCGCGCCGCGCGUCCUCGUCCCCUCUGGAGCGGCGGGCAGCGGAAACCUUGUAUUUGUUUGACCGGCGCGAGAAGGAGUCGGAGCCCGGGGAGCGGGCGCUGCAGAUCGGGGAAAGCGCGGACUACUCCGGUUUCCGCGCGCGCGUGUGUCAGACACUUGGCAUUUCACCAGAAGAGAAGUUUGUUAUUACAACAACAAGUAGGAAAGAAAUUAAUUGUGAUAAUUUUGAUGAAACUGUUAAAGAUGGAGUCACUCUGUACUUGCUACGGUCAGUCAAUCAGUUACUACUCUCGGCUACAAAAGAGCGGAUUGACUUUCUACCUCACUAUGACACGCUGGUUAAAAGUGGCAUGUAUGAAUAUUAUGCAAGUGAAGGACAAAAUCCUUUGCCAUUUGCUCUUGCUGAAUUAAUUGACAAUUCAUUGUCUGCUACUUCUCGUAACAAUGGUAUAAGAAGAAUACAGAUCAAAUUGCUUUUUGAUGAAGCGCAAGGAAAACCUGCCGUUGCAGUGAUAGAUAAUGGAAGAGGAAUGACCUCUAAACAGCUUAACAACUGGGCUGUCUAUAGGUUGUCAAAAUUUACAAGGCAAGGUGACUUUGAAAGUGAUCAUUCAGGAUAUGUUCGCCCAGUACCAGUGCCACGCAGUUUAAAUAGUGAUAUAUCCUAUUUUGGUGUGGGCGGCAAGCAGGCUGUUUUCUUUGUUGGACAGUCAGCCAGAAUGAUAAGCAAACCUGCAGAUUCCCAUGAUGUCCAUGAACUUUUGCUCUCUAAAGAUGAUUUUGAGAAGAAGGAGAAAAAUAAAGAGGCAAUAUACAGUGGAUACAUUAGAAACAGGAAGCCAUCUGAUUCUGUUCACAUUACAAAUGAUGAUGAAAGAUUUCUACAUCAUCUUAUUUUAGAGGAGAAGGAAAAAGAUAGCUUUACUGCUGUGAUUAUCACAGGAGUACAACCAGAACACAUACAGUACUUGAAAAAUUAUUUCCAUCUUUGGACACGACAGUUAGCGCAUAUUUAUCAUUACUAUGUUCACGGCCCAAAAGGAAAUGAAAUACAUACAUCAAAAGAAGCUGGACCUUUUAACAACAUUGAUAUUGAAAUCUCCGUGUACGAAAAGGGGAAGGCACCUAAGAUUGUCAACCUACGGGAAAUACAAGAUGACAUGCAGACGUUGUAUAUAAACACAGCAGCUGAUAGUUUUGAAUUCAAGGCUCAUGUUGAAGGAGAUGGUGUAGUGGAAGGGAUUAUUCGAUAUCAUCCUUUCUUAUAUGACAGAGAAACAUACCCCGAUGACCCAUGCUUUCCAUCAAAAUUAAAAGAUGAAGAUGAUGACGAUGACGGUUUUAUAAUUGAGAAAGCUGCAAGAGGGAAAAGGCCUAUUUUUGAAUGUUUUUGGAAUGGACGAUUAAUACCAUAUACAUCUGUUGAAGACUUUGAUUGGUGCACUCCUCCAAAGAAAAGAGGGCUUGCCCCAAUUGAAUGCUACAAUAGAAUAUCUGGUGCAUUAUUCACCAAUGACAAAUUUCAGGUCAGCACCAAUAAACUGACUUUCAUGGAUCUGGAGCUAAAACUGAAAGAUAAGAAUACCUUAUUUACACGGAUCUUAAAUGGACAGGAACAGCGGAUGAAAAUUGACAGAGAGUUUGCAUUAUGGCUGAAGGAUUGUCAUGAAAAAUAUGACAAACAGAUAAAAUUUACAGUCUUUAAAGGAAUAACUACUCGUCCUGAUCUCCCUUCUAAAAGGCAGGGCCCCUGGGCCACAUACGCAGCAAUAGAAUGGGACGGAAAAAUAUACAAAGCAGGACAGCUGGUUAAGACUAUUAAAACCCUGCCCCUCUUUUAUGGAAGCAUAGAAAAAUUUUUCCUCUAUGGUGAUCAUGAUGGAGAAGUGUAUGCCACAGGAGGAGAGGUUCAACUUGCAAUGGAACCGCGUGCAUUUUAUGAUGAAUUCAAAACUGUGCCAAUUGCAAAACUGGAUAGGACAGUUGCUGAGAAAGCUGUAAAGAAAUACGUAGAUGAUGAAAUGGCCAGGCUCCCAGACAGGUUGUCUGUAACUUGGCCUGAAGGAGAUGAAUUAUUGCCAAAUGAAAUUAGGCCUGCUGGAGCCCCUAUUGGUGCAUUAAGAAUUGAAAUACUGAAUAAAAAAGGGGAAGCAAUGCAAAAGCUUCCAGGAACAAGUCAUGGAGGGUCAAAGAAACUUCUGGUUGAGCUCAAAGUUAUUUUACACUCUUCAAGUGGAAAUAAAGAAAUAAUUUCACAUAUUAGUCAACAUGGAGGAAAAUGGCCUUACUGGUUUAAAAAGAUGGAAAAUAUUCAGAAAUUGGGGAAUUAUACAUUGAAAUUACAAGUUGUGUUGAACGAAAGUAAUGCAGACACUUACUCAGGAAGAGCACUACCAUCUAAAACAAUUAAAUUUACUGUUAAAGAGGGUAAGCCAGAAAAAUUUUCAUUUGGUCUUUUGGAUCCUCCUUUUCGUGUUGGAGUCCCAUUCAAUAUUCCUCUGGAGUUUCAGGAUGAAUUUGGUCACACUACUCAACUAGUCACUGAUAUUCAACCAAUUCUUGAAGCAAGAUUCUUUCCCACCACCUGUACAGAGAAUUUCAAUCUGAAGGUUGUUCUACCAAGUUUAAAAGAAGACUCACAGAUCUUAAAAAUUAGAUUAUUACCUGGUCCCCCACGUCAAUUGAAAGUAAAACCAGAUUCUGAAAUUUUAGUUAUAGAAAAUGGAACAGCUUUCCCAUUUCAGGUGGAAAUUUUGGAUGAAUCAGACAAUAUAACAGCACAACCAAAAUUGAUAGUUCAUUGUAAGUUUUCAGGUGCUUCAAACCUUCCGCUCUACGUCGUGGAUUGUAGUAGUUCUGGAACUAGCAUUUUAACUGGGCCUGCAAUUCAAGUUAAGAAUAUUAAGAAAGACCAGACACUUAAAGCAAGAAUUGAAAUACCUAGUUGUAAAGGUGUAGCUGCUGUGGAAAAGACUAUUAAGUUGCUUCCUAGUAGCCAUGUUGCAAGACUGCAAAUAUUCAGUGUGGAAGGACAAAAGGCAAUCCAGAUCAAACAUCAGGAUGAAGUUAAUUGGAUAGCAGGCGAUAUUAUGCAUAAUCUUAUUUUUCAAAUGUAUGAUGAAGGAGAAAGAGAAAUUAACAUAACACCAAUUUUAGCAGAAAAAAUUAAAGUUAAUUGGACGCCUGAUAUUAACAAAGAAAAUUUGCUCCAAGGUCUACUUCCUGAUGUACAAGUACCAACAUCUGUAAAAGACAUGCGCUAUUGCCAGGUUUCAUUCCAAGAUGAUCAUGUGUCUUUGGAAAGUGCCUUUACAGUAAGACCACUUCCUGAUGAACCUAAACAUCUAAAAUGUGAGUUAAAAGGAGGAAAAACUGUACAGAUGGGCCAAGAGCUUCAAGGAGAAAUAGUUGCAAUAGUAACAGAUCAGUAUGGAAAUCAGAUUCAAGCAUUUUCACAAAGUUCUUUAUCUACUUUGGGAAUUGCUGGGGCUGGAUUGGAUCAUUCAAAUUUGAAAAUGACUUUUCAGGAAAAUACACAAAGUAUAAGUGUAAGAGGCAUAAAAUUUAUUCCAGGUCCUCCUGGAAAUAAGGAUCUGUGUUUUACUUGGCGUGAAUUUUCUGACUUCAUUCGAGUGAAGCUAAUUUCUGGUCCCCCAGCUAAGCUUCUCCUUAUAGAUUGGCCAGAGUUAAAGGAGUCCAUUCCAGUUAUAAAUGGAAAAGAAUUACAGAACCCUCUAAUUGUUCAACUGUGUGACCAAUGGGAUAACCCGGCACCAACACCACAGGUUAAAAUAAGUCUUAUAAAAGCUAGCACUUUAAAGCUCACUCCUUCAAACCAACAGCAUAAGACAGAUGAAAAAGGCAGGGCUAAUUUGGGAGUAUUCGGUGUCAUUGCUCCUAGGGGAGAACAUAGUAUGCAGAUUAAAGCUAUCUAUAAUAAGAAUACCAUUGAAGGACCUAUAAUUAAGUUAAUGAUUCUUCCAGACCCUGAAAAACCCAUUCGUCUCAAUAUUAAGUAUGACAAAGAUGCCUCCUUUUUAGCGGGAAAUCUUUUCACUGAUUUUAUGAUUACGGUUAUUUCUGAAGAUGACAGUAUCAUUAAGAAUAUUAAUCCAGCACGUAUUUCAAUGAAAAUGUGGAAGAUGUCUAGUAGUGGGAACCGACCACCAGCAAAUGCAGAAACAUUUAGUUGUAAUAAAAUAAAGGAUAAUGACAAGGAAGAUGGCUGUUUCUAUUUCAGGGAUAAAGUAAUUCCUAAUAAAGUGGGAACGUACUAUAUCCAGUUUGGUUUCACAAUGGAUAAAGCCAAUAUUCUUAACAGUGAACAGAUUAUAGUCGAUGUUCUUCCUAAUCAACCUGUGAAGCUAGUUCCUGAAAUCCAACCAGCUACACCUGCUGUUUCUAAUGUUCGUUCCAAUAACAGUAGAACCUUGGUCAAAGAUUUACAUCUCAAUAUCACGGAUGAAUACUGCAAUCACACUGGAACUGAUUUGGUUGGCACAGUAGUAGCGACUAUUAAAGGUUCCAGUGAAGAAGAUACUGAUAUACCACUCUUUAUUGGGAAAGUUAAAAUGCUUGAAUUUCCCUUUGUGAAUGGUUCAGCUCAUAUCACGAGCUUGGUGCUGGCAGAAAACAGUCCUGGAAAGGAUAGCACUGAAUAUUUUAUUAUAUUUGAGCCUCGGCUACCAGCUUUAUCAAGAACACUAGAACCAUAUAUCCUACCCUUUAUGUUUUACAAUGAUGUUAAGAAGCAACAGCAAAUGGCAGCACUUACAAAAGAAAAAGACCAAAUAUCUAAGUCUAUUCUUAUGUAUAGAAGUUUAUUUGAAGCCAGCAAACAACUUCUUGAUGAAAUGAAAUGUCAAGUUGAAGAAGCAAAAUUAAAAGAGGCUCAGCUGCGAAAUGAACUGAAAACACAUAAUAUUGACAUUCCUACAACACAACAGAUGACACAUAUUGAUGCACUUUUGAAAAACAAGUUAACAGAACAGGAGGAGCUAACGAAAAAACCUAGAAGAUCAUGUACUCUUCCAAACUAUACCAAAGGCAGUACAGAUGUUUUGGGAAAGAUAGCACACCUUGCACAAAUUGAAGAUGAUAGAGCUGCGAUGGUUAUUUCUUGGCAUCUGGCAAGUGACAUGGACUGUGUGGUCACCCUGACUACUGAUGCUGCACGUCGCAUCUAUGAUGAUACCCAAGGUCGUCAGCAGGUGUUGCCCCUUGAUUCUAUUUAUAAGAAGACUCUUCCCGAUUGGAAAAGGCCUCUACCUCAUUUACGAAAUGGAAAAUUAUAUUUUAAACCCACUGGAGAUCCAAUUUUUGCCCGAGACUUGUUAACAUUUCCAGAUAAUGUAGAACAUUGUGAAACAGUCUUUGGUAUGCUGUUAGGAGACACCAUUAUUUUGGAUAACUUGGAUGCUGCCAAUCAUUAUAGAAAAGAGGUUGUUAAAAUCGCACAUUGUCCUACACUGCUGACCAGAGAUGGAGAUCGAAUUCGAAGUAAUGGAAAGUUUGGAGGUCUACAGAAUAAAGCUCCUCCAAUGGAUAAACUUCGAGGAAUGGUAUUUGGAGCUCCAGUACCAAAACAGUGCCUGGUCUUAGGAGAACAAAUAGAUCUUCUUCAACAAUAUCGCUCAGCUGUGCACAAGCUGGGGAGCGUGAAUCAGGACCUCAAUGGACAGUUGGAGUACCUUCAUACUCCUGAUAUGAAGAAGAAAAAACAAGAGCUUUGUGAACAAGAAAAAAAUCUGAAACUAAUAGAGCAAAAACUAGGUAUGACUCCAACACGCAAAAGUAAUGACUCAGUGCGUCUUCACACAAAGGAUGUGGCGGAGUGUCCCGUUCCUGCUAAAAGAAUGAGGAGAGAGACCACGAGACAAAACAGGAUUAUAACCAAAACAGAUGUGUGAAAGAUGACAGAAAAUAAGGAUUCCUAAGAAUGUCCUGACUUCUACAGCUCUAUUUCAGAAGACAGGAGGCUUACUUGAUAGUCUGAAUAUUUCUGGAUAAGUACCUGGGAGUCGGUUUCCAUGUCUAUCCAGAUGGGGCUGGGAGCAGCAGUUCAAUCUCAUGCAUCUCACUGGACAAUGUGAACUUCCUGGGAUUAUUCCAGGCAUCAUGUCCCUUGUUUGCCAUGUUCUUACAAGUCUGUCCGAGUGGAACAUGAACAUAGGGCGGUGACUGCAAAGCUGGCCCAUGGAGUUUGUGAAUCCUGAAGAAAAGGCUGUGUGCUGUUUUUCAGAGUAAUUAUUAUGGAUACAUUAGAACUGUUUCUUAAAAAACCUUUUAUUACUUUUCUGUGAACUUAUUUAACAGAAACAUUUUGUUGCUGUGUCUAAGGAAAUCCCUAAAGGUUAGCUAUUUAAUUGUAAAUAUGAGGAAGCAGUGAAAACUUCAGGAUAAAACUAGAAAAGGUACACGUCUGGGAAUUUAAAUGUUAAGAUGAAAGUAAACUCAUGACCGGUAGCAUUUUACAUUUCUAAGGACUUGUGUAUAUAUAUAAAAUAUGCAACAUUAAUUUUUAUAAAUAUUGUUUGACUUUAUUGAUAGUAGAUCAUAUAGUCUGUCUCAAUUCUACAUUUACAUUAUUUUGUAAUUUUUUAUUACUAUUUUUAAAGAUUAAAGGAAGCAUACAAUCCCAUAUCAAUGCAAUAAGGAUCUGCUAGACCAGCAGUUCUCCACCUGUGGGUCACGACCCCUUUGGGGGGGAUCAAACAACCCUUU